UGCGAGUGGCUGGCGGUCUCCUAGAGACUAGAGCGGCAGGGAUCAGGAGCCGCGGAAACUGGAGAGGUGGCACCCCAGCGAGGGCCACCAUGGGGGACCAGAGGCCGCAGGACCGGCCGAAGUCCCCGGGCAUGGACUUCAAGCCCUGGUACUGUGACAAACCGCCUUCCAAGUGCAUCGCGAAGCGCAAGUACAGGCGCCUGAGGUUCCCGCCCAUGGACACCCAGAACUGGGUAUUCGUGACUGAGGGCAUGGACGACUUCCGCUACGGCUGUCCGUCUCCUGAAGAUACACUCAUUUGUCGCCGUGACGAGUUUUUACUCCCCAAAAUCUGUCGCAGAGGUCCCCAAACUGACCCCAAAAGCGGGCAGAAAAAGUUGCUCAAGAAAGCGGCCCUAUUUUCUAAGCUCUCUCCAGCCCAGCUAGCACGGAAGACGUUCGUAGAGGAAGUGGAAGCCCAGCUGACGGCCAAGCAUCCCUUGGCCAUGUACCCCAGUCUGGGAGAAGAUAUGCCUCCAGAUCUCCUACUACAGGUGCUGAAACUGCUGGAUCCUGAGAGGAAGCUGGAGGAUGUUUGGGCUCGUUGUGAGGCCCGGGAGAAAACAACAGAGGUACCCACAGAGUCUGGUAAAUACCCCUGUGGGGAACUCUGCUCAAAGCUUCCCGAGACUCCGGUGUCCCAUCUCCGCCCGGAGCCUCCCAAGACUCCGGUGUCCAGUCUCCACCCGGAGCCUCCCGAGUCUGGAGUGUCCCAUCCCCGCCCGGAGCCUCCCAAGACUCCGGUGUCCAGUCUCCGCCCAGAGCCUCCCGAGACUGGAGUGUCCCAUCUCGGCCCGGAACAUCCCAACACUCGUCGGGUGUCCAGUCUCCUACGACAGCUACUGAAACUGGAUUCUGAGAGGAAGCUGGAAGACGCACGGGCUCGUUGUGAGGGCCGGGAGAAGACAACCAACGAACACACAGAGCCUCGUAAAUACCCUUGUGGGGAAUUCUGCCCGCGGCCUUUCGAGACUCCGUUGUCCAGUCUCCGCUCAGACCCUCCCGAGACUGGAGGGUCCCGUCUCCGCCCAGAGCCUCCCAAGACUAGGGUGUCCAGUCUUCCCCUGAAGCCUUCCGACACUAGAGUGUCCCAUCUCCACCAGGAGCCUCCCAAGACUCCGGAGUCCAGUCUCCAGCCAGAGCCUCCUGAGACUGGAGUGUCCCAUCUCUACCAAGAGCCUCUCAAGACUCGUCGGGUGUCCAUUCUCUGCCGUGAGCCUCCAGAGACUGGAGUGUCCCACCUCUGCCCGGAGCCUCCCGACACUCGCGUAUCUCAUCUCCGCCCAGAGCCUCUGGAGACUGGAGUGUCCCAUCUCCGCCUAGAGCCUCCCAAGACUCGUCGGGGGUCCAGUCUCCACUCGGACCCUUCUGAGACUGGAGCGUCUCAUCUCCGCCUAGCGCCUCCCAAGACUCGUCGGGGGUCCAGUCUCCACUCGGAGCCUUCCGAGACUGGAGGGUCCCAUCUCCGCCCGGAGCCUCCCAAGACUGAAGUGUCUCAUCUCCAGUCAGUGCCUCCCAAGGCUGGAGCGUCCCAUCUCCGCCCAGAACCUCCCGACACUAGUCGGGUGUCCAAUCUCCUACUAUACAUGCUGAAAGUGCUGGAUUCUGGGAGGACGCUGAAGGACGUAUGGGCUCGUUGUGAGGCCCGGGUGAAGAAAACCGAGGAACCCACCGAGCCUGAUAAAUUCCCUUGUGGGGAACCCUGCUUGCAGCCUCCGGAGACUCAGGUGUCCCAUCUCCACCCGGAACCUCCCAAGACACGUCGGGCGUCCAGUCUCCACCCGCAGCCUCCCAAGACUCGUCGGGCGUCCAGUCUCCGCUCGGAUCCUCCCAAGACUCGUCGGAGGUCCAGUCUCCGUCCAGAGCCUCCCAAGACUCGUAGGGUGUCCAGUCUCCGCCCGGAGCCUCCCAAGACUCGUCGGGUGUCCAGUCUCCGCCCGGAGCUUCCCAAGACUCGUCGGGUGUCCAGUCUCCGCGCGGAGCCUCCCAAAGCUCCAGUGUCCCAUCAGUUCUCAGAGUCUCCCAAGAUUCGAGCGUCCUACAUAAAAGAACUGUUUCACGAAGAUACACCAAGCACAACAGAGUGCGUUUCUGACUCUCUUCAAUAUAGAUACACAUCAGAAAAACUUCGUGAAUUCUUCAAGUGGGCUGCAGACCUGGGAGCUGAUGAAGAAUCCAUCAGGAAUCUGUUUGACUUUACCCCCAAGUACAGAACAACCUAUUACGACCAAAAGCUUAAGAAGGUAAAAGAGUGUUCCUCAGAGCUGAAGUACAGCAUGGAGCUAGAUGAAAAGGAUGAGGCUAAAUUCUUCUCACAGGAAAAAUACUGGGGCAGGAAAUUCCACACGCCAUCGAAUUCUUAUACCGCACAGCGUGUGAAGAUGAAGUAUGGAGCAUGGUACCUCAAGCCUAAGUUGUGGAAAAAGCUAAGAAGUGAUGAACCUUUGAUUGACCCCAAGCUCUUGCUUGAAAAGCCUGAUGAACCUGACGUUCUUGACGAACUUUAUGGACCAAUUGCCUUUAAGGAUUUCAUUCUAAGCAAGGGCUACGAAAUGCCUGGCAUCCUUGAAAGACUGUUUGCCAGGAAGGGAUGGACUUAUGACUCUGUUAAGACUCCCAUUCAACGUGCAAUACGAUUUUACAAGUACAAAGAAAACGCAGACGCAUCGGAAGAAGAUUAGGUGGUUUUCAAUUUACUACUUAAUUGGGUAUUUCUUGCUCUCAUUUUAAACAUCAAUCAGAAUUUAUGAUGACUGGCCCCGUGGAUGUACAACUUUGGCAACAUCUGUAACUUCAAUACAUAAUGUUUAUAAAUAUUUCUUAAUGA